CUUGAACCGACCAUCUCGAGAGGUAUCUGGCUGAGGGGAAGGUAACACACCAUCACCACCAAGGCCUGACAACAGCGACGGCAAGAAGUAGCGGCAACAUACUCAGCGGCAACGACAGCAUCACCACCACACAUCGUCGUCGUCAUUCAUAGGACCACCAUACCGUUCGGACGAUGGGCCAUGUAUGGAGCAAACAACAGCAACCAGACGACUACUACCUCGGCCACAACGGCGGCGCGACGUACGGACUGGGCAACCUCACAGGCAUCCUCAGCCACGACCGAAGAACAGACGUCGUGUACUCGGACGUCGCUUCCUCGUCCGACACUUCACACACGGUGGCAAUCGGGUCCCGGACCAACCUGCCCAUCAUCCUCCUCGACAGCGACACGACGACCAAGAAGAAAGCCAAACACGUCGAUGUCCUGCGGCGACUCGGCCUUGUCGUUCGCACGAGCGGGAGUUGCUUGACCAAGUCCGCGUCGGUGGUCGUCACGGAUGUCCUGCGCAUCGUGGAUGGUACCAAAGUCGUCGCGCGCAACAAGACGUGGGGUCCUGACCCUCGGACUUGGCAUGGCGUCAAAGGUCCAGCGGAGGCGAGCGGCGGAAUCCGCAUCGGUGACUCCAUUUACGCGAUCAACGGCGCGCGGCUCGUGAACAAGUCCAAGCGGCAAGUGGUCAAGAUGCUGGGCGAGUGUUGCAGUCGGCAGCGGAGUGUCGUGGUGACAUUUCGGCAUGGAGACGCCAUGGCGGCGGUGCCGUGGGAAGCAGAGCUGUGUGCAGACGUGCCGGAAGGCGAGUACAUCGAGACCGACCACGAGUGGGGGUGUCUGAUGAAAGUCGGGUCGGUCUCGAUAUAGACGAUUAGGUGUGUGUGUCCAAGAACAAUGUAAUAACAAAAUACAGUGGGAAUAACAAUUUGCU